CACCGCUCUCUGUUAUCAAAAGUGCAGUUCUUUAGCAAGUUUUUCGUGAUCGUGUUUUUAUCGUGAAUAUCUCAACCCGAAUGGUUCCGGAAUGAAGAACGCUCCGGUAACCAUCGAACAUGCGUGCGUCGUCGUCCUUGGUGACAUCGGCAGGAGUCCCCGGAUGCAGUACCAUGCGAAAAGUCUCGCAGAAUCCCGCUACCUCGUUGAUCUGAUUGGCUACGUGGAAUCCAAACCGCUGGAAGAUCUCACGUCUAGCGCGAACGUAAAAAUUCAUCGUCUCAAUCCGUUUCCGGAGCUGAAUCUCCCCAGUGUCCUAAAGUACGUGUUCAAGUCGUUAUGGCAAGCGCUGACCCUACUGGUGGCCCUGAUCAGCAUUCACAAGCCGCGGUUCGUUCUGUGCCAAAAUCCGCCCGCCAUUCCGACGCUCGUGGUUGUCUACGUGUACUGUUUGGUUACGCGGUCCAAAAUGAUUGUCGACUGGCACAACUAUACGCAUUCGAUUCUGGCCAUCAGUUCGGCCCCGGACGGCUUCAUUGUGCGUUUGGCCAAGGCGAUCGAAUUCCACUUUGGGCGGAAGGCGGCCGCCGGAUUCUGCGUCACGAAGGCGAUGCAGGCGGACCUUGGGGACAAUUGGAGCGUUCGUGCAACCGUCCUCUAUGACCGUCCACCAGUGCAAUUUCACCCGAUUCCGCUCGAGGAAAAACACGCUUUGUUGAUGCGUCUUUGCAACACGAUUGGCGAGUUUAUGCCGGAUAGUUUCGAUGCCUUCAAGGACACGGGUGUUCAGGAGGUCACGGCAUUCACUAUGCGAACGGCCGACGGUGAGGUAAAGUACAGACCGAACCGUCCGGCUAUGCUACUUUCCAGCACCAGCUGGACACCGGACGAGGACUUUAGCAUGCUCGUGUCUGCACUUGAUAUUUAUGAAAAGAAAUCGCUGAAAGAACCGCAGCACUACCCUUGGCUGAUUUGCAUCAUUACCGGCAAGGGACCAUUGAAGGAACACUACAAAAAUGUAAUCCAACGAAAACAGUGGCAAAAGGUGUCGGUUGUAACGCCCUGGCUCGAGAAUGAAGAUUAUCCCAAGCUGUUGGCUUGUGCAGAUUUGGGAGUUUGCCUCCAUUACAGUUCUAGUGGACUUGAUCUUCCCAUGAAAGUCGUCGAUAUGUUCGGUUCCGGAUUGCCUGUGUGUGCCAUGAGAUUUAACUGCAUCGAAGAACUUGUGCAGCAUGGAAAAAAUGGCUUUCUUUUCGAUAACUACCAAGAGCUGUCUGAACAGAUAGGCGAAUGGUUGUACGAUUUUCCCACAAACAUCGCCCUGACCAACCAAAGGGAAGUGAUCAACCAGAAUCUGAAAGAGUUUCAGCAGUUGCGUUGGACAGAAAACUGGAAGCGUACGGUGCAACCGGUGCUGGAAAGUUUAUAAUGCUCCUACUUUAGUUGUUGCGUCUCCAUCAAAACCGCUAAAAUUGUGUACAAACAUUAUCGUUGCAAUGCAUGGUAUUUGGAAGUCUGCUGCUUAAAGUGCCUAAAAGAUUUUUUUUUGUGAAACAUUUGUUACAAAUAAACUUAUUAACUAU